AUGACCGGUCUCCUACUGGGCCCGCUUAUCGCAGCUGCCCUCCUCUACAUCUCCUUGCAACUGAGUUCCAUGGAUCCUCCCGGAGACCCUCUUCCCGGUGGUUGGCUCGUCGAACCUCCUAUGACGCUUCCGCAGACGGCAAUUCCUCUCACACCUCUUCAAGCCUCGCUCCGUUCUCGGCGAAUUCUCGUAAGCCAAUCGACGUUUUGCGCUACGCUCCUCCUCGUACACGUAUGUGCGUCAUGGGUGACGGAGGCGCGUCACCGGAGGAAGCUCGUCGUGCCCGAGGGCGAAGUGAGCUCCGUUCCUCGCAAGGAAGGCCGAAGAACCUACCUGUACAUCUUGUUUGCCAUCAGUGUGACCUUGUGGAUUUUGUGUGUGCGAAUCGCGUUGGAGGAAUUGCGGCUCGGGAUAUGGCAGAGUAUGUCGUAUUUCGAGGUCGUGACGAGCGCGAUGUUCUUCCAGAUGACCUUGUACAUCUCUGUACGCCUUGCGCACCGCGGAUUCACUUUUGGCGAGCUCGGCCUCGUCGCGUUUGGCGCCACGAUCCUUUUCAUGGAGCUGUGUAACCUGACGAUUGCGAAGUUGUGGCCCAUGUCAACACCCUACAUCAAGACCGUCCGAUUACCUACUCCGCUUCUCAUAUACCAGCUCGCUCUCAUACCCGGCUCACUCCUUACCGGUUUCCUCCUCUCGCCGCUCCUGUAUCUCUCGCGCCACAUCGCCCAGCGCCCCGUCCGUCGCCUACGGUACCCGCAAGAGAAGCAGAAGCACCGACGGCUUCUCGCGCUCGGCUUCUACACCGGGGCCCUCCUCAUCGUCGGCGGCCUCGUCGGGCUUUGGACUGGGUGGAGCCUCGGCGGGCGCAACCCCUGGGUUUACAUCGUCUUCUGGGUUCUCGAAGGCAAAAACAAGUGGACGCGGCCUGCCCUGCUUGUGUACUGGGGCACGCUUAUUGCCCUGAGCGUUGCGGGGUGGGGCCGCCAGCUCUCCAGGGGGCGGCGAUUCCGCCAGGUCCGCGCGAGCAUGCACGUCAGCGUGAGCGGAGGAGAGGCGCAAGGGGGGCCGCACAGCCCGCGAUAUGGGGCCUCGUUCGGCCAGCCAGGAUACGGGUCGCUAGGGGUGCAGCCCCCGCCGCAGUCGCAGGCGCAGCAACUGCAGCAGCAGCAACAGGCACAGCAGAACGGAGCAGGCACGAACGCUAAUAGCAGCGGAAGCCCCAACGCGAGCGCGGGCGAACAGAGCGACCCCAGCGCUCCGACGACGGCGGGGCCGGCCGGGGAAGGGGCAGGGGCGGGCCCGCUGGGCAUGCGGCUGCCGAACCUGUCGAAGCUGCCCGACCUCCCGAACGGCUCGAACUUCUCGAACGUGGCGAACGACCUGCUGGACGCGGCGGACAAGCACGUCCCGACGCUGAGCGUGAACGCGCGGCGCAAGUUCUUCCACGCGCUCGCGGUGGUCAUGUUCGUGCCCGGGAUCGCGGUGGAUCCUGCGUUCACGCACGUCGCGUUCAGCGCCGCGUUCGCGCUGUUCACGUUCGCGGAAUACGUGCGGUACUUUGCGCUGUACCCGCUCGGCGCGGCGGUGCACCUGUUCAUGAACGAGUUCCUGGACUCGAAGGACGGUGGGACGGCGAUCCUCAGCCACUUCUACCUGCUCACCGGGUGCGCGAACUCCGUGUGGUUCGAAGGCCCCUCACGCCUGCUCCAAUUUACCGGGACGCUCGUGCUCGGCGUCGGGGACGCUCUGGCGUCGAUUGUGGGCAAACGGCUGGGACGACACCGGUGGUUCGCGGCGAACCCGAAGACGAUAGAGGGCAGCGCGGCGUUCGUGACGUCGGUGUGUGCGUGCGCGUGGCUGCUGCGGGUGUGCGGCGUCGCGGAAGAUUUCUCGGUUGGGCGCUACGCGGUGGUGGGAGGACUGGCGGCGGCGUUGGAGGCGUUCUCCGUGCAGAACGACAACGUGACGCUGCCGCUGUACAUGUGGGCGAUGCUCGUCUUCGGCGAUGUUGUAGCGUAG